UUCUUCCCAAAACUGCAAAAGCAGAUUCGGAAAAAGAAGAAAAAAACACGAAAAGGGGAAAGAAAAAACUAAACAGUUUCAUUAGCAUUAUCUUCAAAAGCAUGGCCAAUGAUUUGUCUUCAGGUGUUCAAUCAUUCGAGCUUGAACACGAUCCCCAGAUUCUUGUAAAUGUUUCCGACCAAGAAACCUUUUACUCUUCCUCGUACGAGAAUCCUAUAGCGAACCCUUGCCAUGUCAAUGACGCGACUCAAUUAUUUGCAUGCAAAAGGGAAGCACCUGUGGCACCGCGUGAGGAGCACGCGCCGCCGAAGUGGAAGCACUUCCGAGGAGUGAGGAGGCGGCCAUGGGGGAAGUUCGCGGCAGAGAUAUGGGAUCCGAAGAGAAAACAUGGAAGGGUUUGGCUGGGAACGUAUGAGACUGAAGAGGAAGCAGGUUUGGCUUAUGAUAGGGCUGCUUUCAAGAUGAGAGGUAGCAAAGCAAAGUUGAAUUUUCCACACCUGAUUGGAUCCCACGCGCCGCCGGAGAGAGUGGGAGUGGCGGGAGUUUCUCGGAAGCCAAACCUGCCGGAGGCUUGUUUUCCACCUUUGUCUGCGGCGGAGGAUGGUUCACAGCCACAAGGGUCAAAGAAGAGGAGAAACCUAGCUGAUUUGCUUAAUAGGUUAGCCAAGAAUAGAAGUCAAGUAUGUAUGUAUGUAUGAAAUAAGGAAAAAUCAUCCAUAUGUUUGAUUGAUUAAGGUUUAAUACCAUUUUUUUGUCCUUAUAUUUCUAAUGAUUAAAUGUUUUUUUAUUUA